UCCCUUCCUCCCAUUUAUCACCUUAAAUAGAAGGGAAGCGGUGGCUGAUGCGACUCUUUUAACAGAACCGCCGGAGAAUGCGUUUUGAUUUUUUAUUUCCUUUGCUGGAAAACAAGUGUCGCUUUUCAAAGCUUCGCCUUUUGAUUUUUAAUUCUCACCGGAGAAGGAAUCAAUGACUAUCUCAAAAUCAGAGGCAGUUUAGUAGAGAACCGUUCCUCUUCCAUCAAUUCCAACUGAGAUUCAUCUUCAAAGUCAUCCGACUUCUUCAACUUUCCAAAAUGAAAGUCUCAUCGGACUUCUGAUCCUAAUAGCGAUUUCUUCCCCAAUGCGUAUCAGCUCCAGACUGAUUUGGAAGAAGCAAAAGGACAUGAAAUCCUGAAAUUACAAAACUCCCUGCAAUCUAUACAUGCUAUUGUUCACGAAACAUAUGCAUUGCUUACCAAAGAUAAGGAACGUGAAUCUGCACAGAAAGCAGUCGAAGAAGCAUCUGCUAUUGUUCAAGAAACAACCCCAAUCCAUGUAGAAGAUACUGAAAAGAUUGACAAAUUAAGUGCAGAAGUGGAAAAAUUGAAGGUGAUGUUGGUAACCAAGGAAAGUGAAUCUGCACAGAAAAAGAUUUACAAUUUAAGUGCAGAAGUGGAAGAACUGAAGAGUUUGUUAGAAUCAGAGAGAAACCGGGCUAAUGGAUAUGAAAAGAAGUGCACCGAAGCCCUUGAAACAAUUGAAAUUAAGCAGCAGAAGUUGGAAGAAAGGUGAAACAACUUGAAGAAUCUUUGAUUUUGCAUGAGGAGAAGCUCAGCGACUUAAUAGCCAAAUAUCCUCUUGUACGUUUCAAGCAUGAGUUAAUAGCAUAUGUGGAAAGAAUAUAUUGGUGGGUAUGUUACAACUUAAAGGAAGAGAUUUCUCCCUUGCUUGAAUUGUGCAUUCAGCAUACCUUUCACUGCUGAUGAGCUCUCCAAAUCAAUGGAUGAGAUGGAUAUAGAAGAUGACGAGUCACCACCACUUGUUCGUGCUAAUUCGGGUUUCAGUUUCUUAUGGGAUGAUAGGUUAGUGAAUUCAUUAGUAGGUUUUACUUACAUAUGCCAUUUGGAGUACGUUAUGCAUAGAUUUUGACAUUUGAGUGAAUUGUUAUUAGUGUGUGCUGAUGGAGACAAAACUGGAUCAAGUUGGGGCAACAAAAAUGUUAUGAAUCAUAUGGAUAAUAAGUAUUUUAAUUUCUGGAAAGUAUCUUAUUUUAGGAAAUUAUCUUGUUUCAGUUUUUACAUUUGGUAAUUAGGAUCAUUUAGUAUUUGAGUUGAUUUGGGUGAUCUUGUUUCCUUAUUAGAGUCCUUUGUUUAUCCCUAUUUAAAGGGUAGUCGUUCAUGAAAUAAAAUUAUGCUUGAAGUCAAUUGUUUUUAAUAUCUUAGAAUAGUUUAACCUAGUCUCCUCUCAAUAGGAGAUUAGGUGUUAGUAAUACUCACGGCUGUAGGAAGCACAACAGGUCCUGUCACGAGAUCUAGAUCCUGGGUCAUAACAAAUUUGGUAUCAGAGCCACUCGUGAUGGCGACUCCUGCAGAAGAUUUGAUGAAAAAGUUGGAGGAAUUCAUGAUUCGACAGGAACAGAGCAAUAACGAGAUUAAAGGGGCGAUUGCAGACUUACAAGCUAAAUAUGUGUCCCUGGAAGAAGGUUUGUCAAAACAGACAAACUCUAAAAACAGAUCAGAAGCUAGCGUGGAGGAAGAAGGUGAACACCAAUUUGAAGACAACAACGAACCCAGCCAGGGUAGAGGCAAGGGUAUUAAUUUGGGCGCGCAAGGAAGGGGAUUCAUAUCCUCAAAGGGGGUAGGACGGGGACGAGGAGAGUUUGGGAUAAACCCUAACAACGCAGGGAAAGCACAUGAAUCAGAAUCAUGGAGGAGUACUUACCAACCGAAGUUCAAAUAUAAGUGGGAUCCUUUAAAAGGUGAAGCGUCAACACAUAAUCGAAAAGUUGAUCAAGAGCCUAUGUAUCAAAGGAGGACAGAACCAGUACAGGGGUUCAAAAUAUGGGACGAAACUGAUGAAGUCAAUGGGUAUAAAGCAACUAGGGUGCCGAAAUUUACAAAGAUGGAGUUUCCAACUUAUGAUGGCAAGGACGACCCCCUGGCUUGGCUACAGAAGUGCGAAGAUUUCUUUCAAGAACAACAAACUCCAACUGAAGCAUGGGUUCGUCAGGCAACCUUUGUUCUUCAAGGCAAGGCAAGCGACUGGUAUCGGAAUUUGAGGCGGAUGAAAGGACAGCCAACCUGGAACGAGUUUGUGGAGGAGUGCAAAAUUCGUUUUGGGCCUCCGAUGAGUAUGAGCCCGCUAGGAGAACUAACGCAAAUCAUGCAAACCGGCACGGUGGAAGACUAUUGUGCAAGUUUCGAGUCUCUAUUAGGAAGAACGACCGGAGUAACUCCAGAACAAAGCAUGUGGCAUUUUUGUGCGGGGCUAAUAAAUGUGAUAAGAUAUAAGGUUGAAUUUGCGAGACCCAUAACUCUAUACUAUGCCAUGAAUCUAGCUAGAUUGAGCUAAGGGUGGCCGAAGCAGGACAACCAAUAGGGGUCGGGCCUACAGGAAACCAAACCUCGGCUGGAAGCCAAAAACGAGAGUCUGCAGGAAAAGGGGGAGCUGGAAACUACAAAACUGAAACACUAAAUCCGGCCUGGAAAAAACUAACGGCUGUAGAAAUGGCAGAGAGGCGGGCAAAAGGCUUGUGCUUCAACUGUGAUGAAAUAUUCUCGAUUGGGCAUAAAUGUGCCAAGCUCUUUUGCAUCAUGAUGGACAACGAGGAAGAUGACGCUAAUGGAUGACUAUUGAGCUUGAGGACAAGCUCAAUGCGUAGGAGGGGAGUAAUGUUAUGAAUCAUACGGAUAAUAAGUAUUUUAAUUUCUGGAAAGUAUCUUAUUUUAGGAAAUUAUCUUGUUUCAGUUUUUACAUUUGGUAAUUAGGAUCAUUUAGUAUUUGAGUUGAUUUGGGUGAUCUUGUUUCCUUAUUAGAGUCCUUUGUUUAUCCCUAUUUAAAGGGUAGUCGUUCAUGAAAUAAAAUUAUGCUUGAAGUCAAUCGUUUUUAAUAUCUUAGAAUAGUUUAACCUAGUCUCCUCUCAAUAGGAGAUUAGGUGUUAGUAAUACUCACGGCUGUAGGAAGCACAACAGGUCCUGUCACGAGAUCUAGAUCCCGGGUCAUAACAAAAAAUUAAUAAUAUUGGUAACGAUACGUAAACAU